AAAAAUGAAACGGAGUCUGGACACUACUCACUCUCGCUAUCUCCCGGAUGGAGGAAUUUUUAAAGCAGUAAUGGCGGAAAGUGUACUUAGUAACUAUGGAGCCUGAAUAGCAAAUUUUAGCUGAUAUUUUCACCUUUUUGAGUGAUUCCCUCUAUAGUUAUUAAAGAACGCCAGAGAUGAUCAAAGAAUGCCAUCUGGGAAGGAUCGUAGCAAAGAAGACACAUGGAAAGAAUCAGAUCUGAAAAAAGCUUUGAAGGAUGACAAGGUUAAAUCCAAAGAUGAGAGCAGAAAAUCCAAAGAACACUCUAGUCGUAAGCCUGAGGAUAGAAGAGAACGGAAGGAUAAAGAUGAUGACAGAAGGAGAAGAGGUCAUGAUGAUGUAACCAAUGGGGAAACAGAUCGAAGGAGAUCAGAUAGGGACAGGGAUAAGGAGCGAGACAGAGACCGAGGAAGAGACAGAGAAAGAGGAAAAGAGAGGGAAAGAGAAAAAGACAAAGAUCACGAUAGGGAAAGAGACAGAGAUCGGGGAAAAGACAGGGAUCGGGAGAGAGACAGAGAUCGGGAAAGGAGAAAAAGAGAUGAAGAUAGGGACAAGGAUAGACCUAGGGAAAAAGAACGAGAUCAUGACAAGGAUAAGGAAAGGACUAAAAGAAGAGAAAAAGAAACAAGUGAAAGAAGCAGAGAUGCCGAAAGGUCUAAAGAAAGACGUCCUGUGGAUGUUGAAAGAUCAAAAGAAAGGGACAGAAGUAGAGAUGGACGAAAAGAAAAGGAAGGGGGAGAUAAAGAUCACGAUAGAGACAGGAGAAGAGAAAGAGAAGAUGAAAACGUUAAAGGCCGGGAUAGACACCGUGAAGGAAUAGAGAGAAAUGGUGAACAUGACAGAAGUCGAGACAGGAGAAAAGAGAAAACUGGUGAAGACAGAGACAGAGAAAGAAGAAGAGAUAAGGAAGGGGAAAAGAGAAGAGAAGCAGACAGACAUGAAAGAACUAGAGAUGGAGAUACCAGCAGGGAGAGGGGAAAAGAGAGGGAACGUGAGGACAGGGAUAGGGAAAGAGAAAAGACCAAGGACAGGGAAAGAGACAAGGACCGAGAACGAUGGAAAGAAAAAGACAGAGACAGAUUGGAUAAAGAAAGUAAAGAUUCUGACAAAGAUGAAAGAACGAGAAGUGAUAGACACGACAAGGAUUCAGAUAGAAGGAAGGAGCGCUCAAAAAAUGAAGAAGGCUCAAGAGAAAGAAGUCACGAUAGCAGAAAGGAUGAUAGAAGAGAAAGAAAGGAGGAUAGAGACAGACAUAAGGGAAAAAGUGAAGAAUCUAGUGAGAAAGAUGAAAAAGUAAAGAGAAGAGAGAAGGAACUGAUGGAGUCUCUUAAAAAGGAAGAGGAAUUAAAGAAGAAUCCACUGAGAUUUAGAUCAGAUACAGUGGAAGAGGCANGUCACCAUAGUUGAAGGUGAAUUGUCAAGGCAAAGUGAUAAGAAAGGAACCUGCACUGAGGGAGAGUAGAUAAUGUGUUGAAACUGAAGUGAAGUGUGCCACUCCUUUGGUCCCUGACAUGAAACAGUCAGCUUCACUGCCCCAUUAAAGACAGUUCUCGUUUUAUUCGGCUAGAAAAA